CAGCAUUAGAGGUAUACCUCUGCAUCUGCUGUUCACAUCGUCAGAUCUGGCCGUCCGCGCUGGCGCCCCGACAGGGUCCUCCCAUGGCCGCCCCCCCGGGCUGCGAGUCUCGCCGACGACUACGGUGAAGGCGCACUGACGUCGCGGUUGUCCUCUUUGAGAUUCGUACCGUCUUACUACGUGGUACUAGUUGUGCCGCUACGUGGUUGCUGUCCGAGCCCGAACCCCCCCCUUUUCCCCGUUUGGCUGUGCCUUCCCCACAAUUCCCAUAGACGAUGUGCGCUAAUGCCAGGCACGAACUCGACGCAUCCAAUCAGAUUGCCCAGCCGCCGCCGGCUCUUUCCUCUCUCUCUCUCUCCUUCCGUCUUUCCACCUCUCUUCCCGAGUUCCCUCGUACCUGCCCAGGCGGUUUUACUGGUUUUACUGGUUGACGAUGGUCGAGUUGUGCAUGCGCGCUCGCUCUUGCCCGUCUGUGUGCUGGUCUACUGCGACCUACUUACUGUCCCUUCUCUAAAGGUACCUCCUCUCUCUGCAGGUCUGGUCCGGUCUAGUCUAGCCUUGCCUUUUCCUCUCGUUCCCUUGCGCGCCGCGCGCUGCACCCUUUUGCUCUGCUCUGCUCUCCUUUGCUUGUUCCCGUCGAGACCUCUGUGGUUCAUCUCUCAGUUGUCUCUGCCUGCGAAGUCCACUCGACAGCUUCAACCUCUUCCUCCCUCUCCCCCGUCUCCAUCGCUUCCGCCAGCUCCGCGACAUAUCCCGCCUCACAACCGAGAGAGAGAUACGUGUUGGUCCCACCCAAGUAUCCGCCCCAAACAAUCUAGGAUAUUGUCCGUUGCCCGCUCCCUUCUGCUUCCCACCUAUCCCCCCCCGUCUGUUGUUCGUAUUGUUAUUAUUAUUAUUGCUGUCGUUUCUAUUAUUGUUGUUAUUAUCCGGAUACGCGCAGUUCUGUCUCGAUGACAUUCGGCUGUCCUGCCUGGCAUUCUUUAUCCACGUCGAGCGUCUGUUGGUACAAACGGGGGAAACCGUCUGCCUGAUUGCCUCCUGAUCGCCUUCUUCUACCACAUUAUAGGCGUCCCGCCGACUCUGGCC